AUAAGUGAAUAUAAAUAAUGCCGCCGAAAACCAGUGGAAAGGCAGCCAAGAAGGCUGGCAAGGCUCAGAAGAACAUCACCAAGACCGACAAGAAGAAGAAGCGCAAGAGGAAGGAGAGCUAUGCCAUCUACAUUUACAAGGUCCUGAAACAGGUCCACCCUGACACCGGCAUUUCGUCGAAGGCGAUGAGCAUCAUGAACAGCUUUGUGAAUGAUAUCUUCGAGCGCAUUGCUGCCGAGGCUUCUCGUCUGGCUCACUACAACAAGCGCUCAACAAUUACCAGUCGGGAAAUCCAAACUGCUGUUCGUCUGCUCCUGCCCGGAGAGUUGGCCAAGCACGCCGUCAGUGAGGGAACCAAGGCUGUCACCAAGUACACCAGCUCCAAGUAAAUAUCUCUUGCUGCGUAUGCGGAGAAAGAUCCAAAACGGCCCUUUUCAGGGCCACAAAAUAUAUUACCAAAAGAAAUUACAUUUUCAAUAUACCAUUUGUCAUAAAUAUGAAACGAUAAAAUUAGUCAUUGUUUUUAUAUUUUUAAAAUUAGGGAUAUAUACCUGAGCUACGUGAUAUAA